GAAAGAACAAAACAAAUAUUAAUGCGAAUAGAAAAUAUAAUUUUAAAUGUUGUCAACAAUUUAUGCAAUAAUAAUAAGCUCUUGAUUAAUUUAACUAAAUUUUCAAAUUGGUCUAGUUGCAUGUAUGGUGAUAAAAAUCAUCUGAUAACUAAAACUUUAAAAUUUCAAACCAAACGAAGUCGAAUUAAUUUCACAAUCAUUAUUUACCUUUUAUCAAAAAUUUAUAAAAAUUUAAUUACAAAAAAAUCAUGUACAGCAAGAGAACUAUACUACGGAGACACAAUUCUAUUCAAAAAUAGUAAUAUUGUAAGGAAGGCCCUCAUAGAUAUAUGUUGUUUAUUGGGUACAAAAUCUUGGGAACUAGGUAUUACAUUAACUUCAAGUGGUUUAGUAGCAGGGAAUCUAAAGAUUUAUAUGUCUAAUGGAAAAAUGAUUGAUUGUUCUAGUACUACCGAAGGAAUACAAAUCCCUCAGGAUAUUUUAGAGAUCGACAAUUUUGAAUCAAAAGCAAAAUACAUUCUAAUAAUUGAAAAAAAUGCAUCAUUUCAAAAAAUUAUCAACGAAGGGUUGUUGAAAAAAAAUAAAUGUACAUUUGUCAUGAUAACUGGUAAAGGAUUUCCUGAUAUUAAUACCAGGUUGUUUGUGAAACAGUUGUCUUGUAAAUUAAAUAUACCAAUAUUAGUCUUAGUGGAUGCAAAUCCUUUCGGUAUAGAAAUAAUGUGUGUUUACAGAUUUGGCUCUAAUUCAAUGGUUCAUCAAAAUGAAAUGCUUUGUGUGCCAUCAAUUAAGUGGCUAGGGGUUUAUCCUACAGACAUAGAAUCACUCAAUCUACCAAGUAUUGCAUUAACAAAUUUGGAUAAAGAUCGAUUGAGAUCUCUUUUAAAAAGAUCUUAUAUAAAUUCCAAUCAUAAACUUUUGCAACAGGUGUUGAUUUUACAUCAAUUAAACAGAAAAUCAGAAAUCGAGUCACUGACAACUUUUACUCAAACAUACCUAACUGAUGUUUAUAUUAAAACAAAAGUUCUUAUUCAAGAAUUUAUAUAGGAAAAGGACUUU